AUGCCUCUUUUUGGAUCAAAGAACAAGCAUAACGAUAACACCGCCCUGAAUGAUACAACUGGUGGAGGUCGUCAUCACCAAGCCAACCAUGGCUUCAACGACUACCCGUCUGGCGGAGCAGGCCCCAAUGCAAUGGGGCCAACCCAUAUGGGAGCCGGACAGCCUGGAUUUACUGGAGCCAACGAUUUCGUACCUGCUCAACACCAACAGGCACCAGGCCACACCGGAGGAUUUACUACUGGAAAUCACUAUGAUCAAGACCCAGCCGCGUUUGGAGCGGGAGGUUUAGGCCCGACGCAUGCUGCUGGAGCUCGAGGUGCUGGGAUUCCCGCCACAGGCGCUGUUAACCAUGGUAGCAACGCCACCGGCGGGGCGGGUCAGCGCCUGACUGGCAAAGUCGAGUCGGCGAUUGGUUCUAUGGUGGGUAGCAACGCGCUCAAAGCCAAGGGACUGCAGAAAGAACAGGAGGCCAACUCGAUUAAACUUCAAGGGCGUGAGCUCGCAGAAGCCGAGAGACUAGAACGGGAAGCGCUGAUGCGCCGUGAGUGUGCUGUCGGGCACGGUGCACACCCAGCGAACUCCUCGCUAGGUGCGGGUCAUGUAGGGACGGGAGGUGGCGUUGGUGGACACGCAGGAGGUGGUACGCAAUUUUAA